UCCAAAAUUUAGUGGAAAUUUCAUGUGAAUUUUAAAAAUUCAGACACCCUUAAUAUAUAUACUCUCUCGCUUCCUCUUCACCUUCUCUCACUCUGUAUCUACACACUUCCCUUUCUCCUUCACUCUUUGUUGUAGCUGCCUCAUCUCAUCUAAAUUUAUUGAAAAUGGCCGAUGCUGAGGAUAUUCAGCCCCUUGUCUGUGACAAUGGAACUGGGAUGGUGAAGGCCGGGUUUGCCGGUGAUGAUGCUCCCAGGGCAGUGUUUCCCAGUAUUGUGGGUAGGCCAAGACACACCGGUGUCAUGGUUGGGAUGGGGCAGAAGGAUGCCUACGUCGGUGAUGAGGCCCAAUCCAAAAGAGGUAUUCUUACUUUGAAAUACCCCAUCGAGCAUGGUAUUGUAAGCAACUGGGAUGAUAUGGAAAAGAUCUGGCAUCACACUUUCUACAAUGAGCUUCGGGUUGCCCCUGAAGAGCACCCAGUGCUUCUUACUGAGGCACCCUUAAAUCCCAAGGCUAACAGAGAGAAGAUGACCCAAAUUAUGUUUGAAACAUUCAAUGUCCCUGCCAUGUAUGUUGCUAUCCAGGCUGUUCUGUCCCUCUAUGCCAGUGGUCGUACAACUGGUAUUGUGCUUGAUUCUGGUGAUGGUGUGUCUCACACUGUGCCAAUUUACGAGGGUUAUGCUCUCCCACAUGCAAUUCUUCGUUUGGAUCUUGCUGGUCGUGAUCUUACUGAUGCAUUGAUGAAGAUUCUUACUGAGAGAGGUUACAUGUUCACCACCACUGCUGAACGGGAAAUUGUCCGAGACAUGAAGGAGAAGCUUGCUUAUGUUGCUCUGGACUAUGAGCAGGAACUUGAGACUGCUAAGAGCAGCUCUUCUGUUGAGAAGAACUACGAGCUUCCUGAUGGCCAAGUCAUCACCAUUGGAGCUGAGAGAUUCCGCUGUCCAGAGGUCCUCUUCCAGCCAUCACUGAUUGGUAUGGAAGCUGCUGGUAUCCAUGAGACCACCUACAACUCAAUCAUGAAGUGCGAUGUUGAUAUCAGAAAGGAUCUCUAUGGUAACAUUGUGCUCAGUGGUGGUUCAACCAUGUUCCCUGGCAUUGCUGACCGUAUGAGCAAGGAAAUCACUGCACUUGCUCCAAGCAGCAUGAAGAUCAAGGUGGUAGCUCCACCAGAGAGAAAAUACAGUGUCUGGAUAGGAGGUUCAAUCCUUGCAUCCCUCAGCACCUUCCAGCAGAUGUGGAUUUCAAAGGGGGAGUAUGAUGAGUCGGGUCCAUCCAUUGUCCACAGGAAGUGCUUCUAAGUUCUCUAAGUUCUUUGAUGGUGAGUUCUUUUUGCAUUUGGUUUUUGUGUCUGUGUCAUGUGGACUCAUGGUGGUUGAUGCGGAGAAUGUCAAGGUGGGGGUCAUGUUUGAAGGGAAAGGGUAUAAUUCAUAUAUUGUUGUAUCAUAUAAAGCCUCUCAUGUCAUCAUCGACGUUGUCCAUGAGGGGCUUUUAAGUCCUCAGGAUGUUGAUAACAAAUCCACCUCACCUUCGCCUUGAACAUCUUCUGGGGUUCAACCACGCUUGUCUUUUUUAGUAGGAAUGUUUGUAGCUGGAGAUGAAGAGUGGUUGUGAUGCCUUUCCCUAUCAUUUUCUAAAUUUUUCAUAUUUGAAGGAUUUUUAUUUUUAUUUCUUCCUUCUUGAGAACAAUUAAUGUUAAUAGCUAUUGUAUGAAAGACCUUAUAUUAGUGUCUUGCUUGCCAUAAACUCCACCGAUUGAAAUUAUUAUUAUUAUAUAAUUAUUAUAACUACUUGGUUUGAAA